AUGAACUAUGAAUAUGGCGGAGAAAAAGGUGUGCAAAAUCCAAGUGGAGUCAUGACCAUCGUGUCAUUGGCUCCAGCCACAGAAAACAGCAUCUUGCUAUCAGAUUAUGAAGAGCUGUAUGAGAAAUAUCAAGGGCAGUUGAUGAAAUUUAAGGAUGAAGAAAUUCAGAUUAAUAGUGACUGUAUUCAACUUGAUGCCCAACUGAAGGAAGCUCUGGAACACGUUAAGGAAGAUAUUGCUAACCUAUGUCAGGAAAAGGAUUCUCUCCAGUACAAGCUCACUAAAAUUCAGGAAGUUGUUGAUGGAAAAAAAUCACAGUAUGAAGUAGCAAAAUCUGAGUUAGAAGUAUAUGUUCUUCCUGAAAGUACAGAAAAAGAGAAGUUGAAGCUUUUGAUUCAGAAUCUCGAGAAAAUGACUGAACGUCUCUUAAAAACAAAGGAGGAAAAACAACAAAUGCUGGAAAGAUUACCUGUUCUGGAAAAGGAUUUAAUGCUGGCCAAAGCUGAAAAGAAACAACUGGCACAUGAAGAGGAAAUAUGUUCAAAACAACUGCAUGUUAUUCGAAUGAAAUUACAUGAAGCUCGUCAAACAAUGAGAAAAUCAGUUUCAAGUAAUAAAGUUGUCGAAUAUUUGACGAACUGCAAGUUGGAGAAUAAGUUACCAGGUUUCUUUGGAAGAUUGGGAGACCUUGGUGCCAUAGACGAGAUGUACGAUGUGGCAGUUUCAACAGCCUGUGGUUAUUUAAACCACAUGGUAGUUGAUACAGUGAAAACAGCACAGGAAAGCAUAGAGCUGUUGCGUCAGUCAAACAUCGGCCAGGCAUCAUUCAUUGCUCUUGAAUACCAACAAAAGCCUGAGAAUGCACCACGGUUAAUUGACUUAAUCAAAUUAGCAGAUGAGAGAGUUCGUGUGGCAUUUUACUUUGCUCUACGUAACACACUUGUUGCAAAUGAUGUAGCACAAGCAACAAGAGUUGCUUUUUCUGGAGGAAAUCGUAACAGAGUAGUUACUUUACAAGGACACAUCAUUGAAGCUACAGGUGAAAUGACAGGUGGUGGCCAUACUGUGAAAAAAGGUCUAAUGAGUCAAAAAGUACCUGAAGCUCCAGUUACUCAGAAAACUGUGGGGGACCUUGGAAAAAAUAUGCAAGAAUGCCAGAUAAAACUUGAAGAGUUUACUAGGAAAAUUCAUGAGAUUGACAAAAAAAUGUGUUUCCUUACACCAGAGAUAAAUAAUAUGAAAACCAAAACACAAAAGUUGGAAACUGAAAUUAUGACACUUGAGAGAGAACACCCAAAACUCGAGCAUGAAGUAAAGAAUCAGGAAAAGAGAGUGUUAGAAGUUACAGGUGAUCCAGCAAAAGUUGCAGCUCUCACAUUGGUUAUGGGGAAAGCCAAAAAAGAUUAUGAUGAUGCAAUGCAAAAGGCCCAGGAAGUGAGUUCAGAGGUGAACCGCUUAAGUAAUGAAAUAGAGAAUAAGAUUAACAAUAGAGUUGGCUUAAUUAAGAAAAAUGUAGAAGAAAACAAAAAGAAACUAUCAAGCAAGUGCUAUGAAAUAACAAAAACAAAAGCUGAUAUUAAAAGAGCUGAAAGAUUUACAGAUGAAUUUGGUAUAGUUGCUCACCCACUUGUUCAGGGUGUCAUACCAAAAAUAGGACUACUGCAGCAACAGACAGAAAUUAAAGUAAACAUGAUUACCAGAUUUGGGAAUAUUAUGAAGAGUAACAAGAAAAUAGAAGAAAUUAACACAGAAAUAGUACACUUAGAAAAUGUGAUAAAUGUGUAUAAGAACCAGAAUAGUUACCUCCUGAACCUUGUAAAGGAUAUAAAUAGUGAGCUGAACAAAGUAACAAUUAACCACCAGUUGUUAAAGUUGACUGCUAUUGAAAUGAACAAAAAUGCCAUGAGUUUGUGUCAACAGUGGUGA